AUGAGUCAAAGCAGCGAAUUUGCGGACUUGAAAUCAAGAGAAGAGGGUGCUAUGAACUUGAAAGGCUUAAGGAAAAUGCUUGUUCUAGUCAAAAUUAAAGUUGUAUUAAUAUUUUCGGUGACGAAGGACUUUUUUAAAGAAAUUACUUACAUUUUUGAUUUAUUAUUACACAAAUACAAAACUACCGAUGAUACUGUUGGAAAAGUUAAUAUUCUAUUACAAGCAUACCUAUCAAUAUUGAAGAUUAUUGAUUCAGGCGCUUGUAGUACAGAAUACAAGUCGCAUAGUCUGAGCUUUAUUUCAAAUUGCUUUGAAUUGUAA